GUUAUAAGUAAAAUUUUGAGAGAAAAUCUUAGCCAGGAAAUGAUUCCGAAAUUGGAUAAAUUAGUUUUCAUUUCAUUAAUCUUUAUGAAUUUAAGUGCAGUUUAUUGCAAAAGUAUUGAAAAUGUGAAGAAAAGACCAAAUAUUGUGAUGAUCGUAGCAGAUGAUCUUGGCUCAUACGAUGUCAGCUUGAGUGGAAACGAUGAAAUCCUUACGCCAAACAUUGAUGCUCUGGGCUAUCAGGGAGUAGUCUUUAACAGGCACUACACUCAGGCUUUAUGUGGACCCUCAAGGGCUGCCCUUCUAACAGGGAAGUAUCCUAUCCACACGGGAAUGCAACAUUUUGUGAUUUUCCCAGAUGAACCUCGAGGAUUACCUCUAAAUUUGAAAAUCCUGCCAGAAUAUCUGAAAGAAGUCGGUUACAAGACUCAUAUCGUUGGGAAAUGGCAUCUGGGCUAUGCCAGAAAGAGCUUUAUUCCAACGCGUAGAGGUUUUGACAGUCACGUUGGAUUCCUUGGGGGCUAUGUAGCCUAUUAUAACUAUACUGAAAUAUUUCGUGACUAUAUCCCAGGAUUUGAUUUCUAUCACAACGAAGAAGUCUACAAUGACGUAGUUGGUCAUUACUUAACAGACGUUUUAACUGACGAAGCUACAAAAAUUAUUGGGAAUCAUAAUUCAGAAGAUGGACCAAUAAUGCUUUAUUUAGCACACGGAGCACCACAUGCAAUUAAUGCUAGUGAUCCACUUGAAGUUAAUCCAGAAGAUUUGGAAACAGUAGCCCACAUCAAAGAUCCAGAUAGGAGAAAGUACGCUGCUAUGGUUAAGGCGUUAGAUCGAUCAGUUGGAAAAGUCGUUACAACUCUAAAGGAAAAGGAUUUGCUUGAGAAUACAAUAAUCCUGUACUUCUCCGACAAUGGUGGACCAACAAUAGGACUAUGGGAAAAUACUGGAUCAAAUUAUCCGUUGAGGGGGCAAAAAGAUAGCCCAUGGGAGGGAGCAGUUCGUGGCUUAGCAGCUGUUUGGAGUCCUCUAUUCCAGAAGCGUCACUACGUCUCAUCGCACAUGAUUCACAUAACAGACUGGUUACCAACUUUUCUUCAGGCAUCAGGAACACCGUCUUAUAGAUCAGAGACUUUCGAUGGAUUCGACAUUUGGUCAACGCUUGAUUACAAUAAACCUCCCGCUCGUGAAGAAAUGGUUCAAAGUUUUGAUCCAGUUGAUGGGUAUACCGCUUAUUACUUCAACGGAUGGAAGUACAUCAAUGGAACGACUUGGAAUGGUAUUUAUGACACCUGGAUUGGCUCUAGAAGUUUUGACCUCAAUCCUGAAGCUUCAUCUUAUGCCGAUGUUGUCAUGAAGAGUCCAGUUUGGCAGGCUCUCAAUCCUUUCGCAACGAGACUUCUUAAGCCAAAUGAUGUUGAUGAUAUCAGGAGAAAGACAAAGAUAACUUGUCAAAGACAGUACGAGUCCUUAAACACCUGUAACCCACUCAGAGCUCCUUGCUUAUUCUAUCUGGAUGCAGAUCCAUGUGAAAUGAAUAAUCUUGCUGAUGCUCAACCAGGAAGGGUUGUUGAAUUGCAGAAGAGGAUAAGAGAAGUAGAAAAAACGAUGCUUCCCCCGGGGAAUCUUCCUUCGGAUCCAAAGGCAGAUCCUGCACUAAAUGACGGACUCUGGACAUGGUGGCUUGACCGAUUACAAGAAGUUGCAGAAAGUCAGAAUUUUUUAAUUGAAAAUAAUUUUGAGUGAAAAAUAAUAAAAGAGAUUUUAUUAAUUAAAA